AGAAAACUUUAAGAUGUAAACCGGAUACUGCUGGAAUAACUGUAAUGCGAUAUGUGGAUUGUAGCUAGUCGAUUGGGAUUUAUUAUCUUGUGCUGCCUCGCGUUAUCGGUCAAAUCUGUCGAACAAAAUGAAAACCAAUUUGUGGCGAAGAAGAAAUGCUUUGAAAAAACCUGUUGCUACAUCAGUGGCGAAAAUCCUCAAAGGCCAAAAAUCAUUGAUGAAACAUGCUACAGUGGACCUGGGCAUGACUACAGGGGCCUUGUAAGUAAAAGCGAACGAGGAAGACCAUGUCUUAAUUGGAUGCGGACCAUUGCCACGAAUCUUCCUAAACGAGAAAUGAAAAGAUAUGGAGUUGGGAAUCAUAGCUAUUGUCGCAAUCCUGAACCGACUGAAAACAGGGGUCCGUGGUGUUACGUGUCACAUAAUAAUUACGGAUAUUGCGACGUAGUUUCGUGCUUGCAUUAUCCAAAAUUGAAUUAUAAUGAAGUCAUCGCACCUCCGAGCUGUAACACGCAAUUGCGGGGGCAUUUUGAUUUCCUGUUUUCGUUCAACAAUACGUACCACUACCUUUCGAAUCGGCGUGGGUUAAAAAAUGCGGAAUUAUUUUCCUUCUCUGACGUCACGAUGACGUUAAUCGCGACGCUUGGCGAACAACCCGUGAGCGAAAUAUGGAACCUUUGUCUGCGCAGCAAUGACACACUUACUUUUGUAACCACGGAUUCGAGUCAUAACUUGUACGCAUAUUUUCAAUUUCCAAAUGUUUUUCUUCGGCUUGUAAACAACAUCGGUUGGGCAAAAGUGGACGGCGACGUGUUUGAAAACUGCAUGAAUCUCGUUCAUGCCACAGCCAGACAGGGCGCAUCAAGCCAAGAAACACUUUUUCGAAGCGUUUUUGACUUUCAUCGCCCACAUGACGUCAUUAUAGAAACGAAUGGGAGACGAAUCACGUGUGAAUGGGAGAAUGGUGAACUCGUGUUCGUAUCCGAAGAAGCUGCACACUUCCAGCUUUGCGACCUGUCAUCUACGUUAUUUGUCGACAUAAACAACGAUACUUACGCAAUCCACAAAGCUGGUAGCAUUAGUGGUAACUGUUCACAGCAAAGUCAUUCUUCAUCAAAAAGUAGCCAGAGCGUUUGCAUUACUGACGUUUUGCAAGCGGUGGAUCGAAAACCUGGGUUGGCCGCUCCGCUAUUGGGGUACAAGCCUUUGGACUCGUCUUCUGUGUUACGUUUGUAUGAUGUGGGAGACCUAACCACAGUUCAAGCUCUCGAGUUUUGCGUCAGGGAUGGACCAAGAAGCAGAUUAUACAAAGUUUAUGCAGGAUCUCAAAUAAUUCAGCUGGCAGAUUGGAUUGGCUCAAGAAAUGUACAGAAGCAGUUGCACAUUACAUCCAAUGUGUGGAUACAAAUCAAUUCCAUCAACACAAGAAGAGCUGACUUCUGCAACAGAUACAAUAAGACAUCAUGCUGUCAUCAAGUGCUUCAAUCAUUUCGGCAAGCAAGACAAAACAAUAGGGCUUCUUAUGGGAAAACCAAUCAACAAUGGAUUUCCUGCAAACUAAGGAUACAUAACACAACACAAUGUCCAGAUUUACAUUGCUUUUUUAACAAAGACAUCAAUAUGUAUGCGAAUGAACUGCAUCAAGUUGCUUGCGAAAUAAGAUUACAACCUGACCCUGUAGUGAGCAACAAUGUAUCAGCUGAAGAUAUUCUUGGUAUAACUGAUGGAGAAGGUGUGAAUUAUAUUGACGCUGAUGAUGCUUCGGCCAAACUGGGUGAGAUAGCUGACACACUGAGAGAUACAAAAGGAAAUCUAAACCUUGGUGUUCUUAUUAAUUCGGUGGAAGCAUUAAAGCCUGUCAACUACAGUGCUGUUAGUAGCACCGGCAUAAAACGUCUCAUCACUAAUUUCGUGACGAUCAUGGAUGACAUGGUGGAUGAGGGAAGAGCAGAUGAAUGGAAGGAGAUCAAGGAAGAGGAAAAUGGCCCUGAGAGCUCUCAACCAGAGUUUGCAACAACAACAAUACCCCCCCAACAGAAGCAGUCUGACCCACAUAGUCUUCUAUUCAUAACGGAGAACGUUCUUCAGCGUUUCGUCAUGGACAGUACUGCCACCUUAUGGUCAAAGUUUGACCAGGGCCUGACAGUGACAACUAACAAUGUUAUCAGUGUGAUUGAAAAACCAAUAAGCAAUGCCUCAAACACUUCAACUCAAGAUACACCAACUUUGACGAAGGUCAAUCUUAAUGUCGAUCCGGAUGUUGCAAGCGAUGAAUCAACCGUCGUCAUCACUUCUCUCUUCCCAAGGAUUAUCAAUCUUAUCUCAGAAGUUAAUUCCGGAAAAACAAGCCAACUACCAACUACUAUGGAUGGCAGUAAUAGAAGGUUUGUUCCUAGUGCACCUGUUUUAUCAGCUACAGUGUUGCAAAAGGGAAAAAUUACAAACUCAGCUGUUCAUUUUAUUGUCCCAUACAACGCCAGUGACAUACCGGACGCUAAAAAAAGUGAUGAGAAAUAUUAUUUUAACUGUAUGUACCUCACGCUGAACAAUGAUUGGGACACUAGAGGUUGUCAUGUGGUUAAUGUUAAUACAAGUAAUAAGACCGUUACAUGCGCAUGUAAUCACACCACCAACUUUGCCAUUCUGUUGCAAGUUGUUCCACCAAAAUUGACAGCAACUGACACAGCUACUCUGCAACUCAUUUCUUACAUUGGAGAAAGUCUUUCUGUGUUCUGUCUCAUUAUAACUUUGACAACAUUCACAGCAUUCCGACACAGCUUAAAGUCGGAAAGGAUGGUUGCACAUUUUCAUCUCGUUAUAUCUCUAAUCCUAUUCCAUGUAGUACAACUAUUCUCUGCUAAAGCUGAGCAAUACAAGGAUACAACAGCAGUACCUUGCAUAAUAGUUGCGUUUGCAACCCACUUCUCACUCCUUGUUACCUUCAUGUGGAUGUUAUGUGAAGGGAUUACUUUACAUCUUAAUGUGGUGAAUGUCUUCCAUGCUAUGACUAAGUUUAAACUUGCAAGAUAUUUCAUUGGGUGGGGUAUACCACUGGUGAUAGCAAGUACUACAAUGGCAUAUGGUUUGUCACAAUCACCCUACCCAACAUGUUAUGUACAAGGUGUUGGGGAGCAAAGCUGUCCAGGGUCACGAGGCAAUACAGGUAUGAGCACAGAUGCCCAGCCUGAAUAUCAAGUCAUAGAAUGGUGUUGGCUUAGUACGGAUAACUACUUAGUGUGGGCACUUGUUAUUCCUGCAUUGCUGGUGCUCACUUUAAACACAAUCGUCUUGUUCCGAGUGUCUGCUGUGAUCGCACAAAGUUCGAAAGCUUCCAAUAAACUCCACGUCCCACUGGCUGGAAGGAAAGAUGAGGAACUUGAACACAUUCGAAAAUCGUUGAAGGGGGCUUUUGUCUUGAUGCCCAUAUUAGGAAUCCCAUGGGUGUUUGGAUUCAUCCCCCAGUCACUGACACAUGUCGCGCUUCUAUAUAUUUUCACUGUUCUUAAUUCAACCCAGGGCAUUUUUAUUCUUCUUUUCUACUGUAUACUGAACACAGAGGUUCGAACUGUCGUCGUUCGCUGUUUGAGGAAACAAAAUCUACUACAUAGAAAGCAGAAAUCGUGGGCCUCACAAUCUAACUACCGGCACUCAGUCGAUCUUCGUCAAAUUAACCGAAACGACAAUAGUGACUUUGACCAGCAGAUGGGAGUAGAGAGAAGUGUGUCGGUUCACACGAGCUCAACUUACUGUGGUGGUGUUGCGCCGUCAAGUGGCGAUUCUCUCACGGGUUCGUUUCAAGAGCAAACAUCAUUUUUGCCGCAAACGACCGUUAAGCAUUUGUUUGUCGAUAGUUACGCACGCAAGUGGCCACGCAGCACUGUAGCUCGUUGUCCAGAGGAUGCGUGCACUUUAAUACGAUCGAGUUCUCUGCGUUGCGUAGAAACUGAUAAUGUAAAUAAUGGGGAACCUACUCAGUGCAGGAAGACUUGGCACUCAAGCAAUUUUCAGUGAUGUUGUUUGUUGGUUUGCCAGUGGUACAGGGCAAAGUUCGAAGUACUUGCUUUUAUCGCAUGUCUUUGACAUUCCUUUGGCAGUUUAUCUUGUAAGUAAACACCAUGUACAUAACUUUGACUGUACCUUGUCACAUUUCUUUUUCCUUUUGAUAUUUAUAAAGAACCUGCAUGCAUUUCUGGACAAAAAACUGGUGUAUUGUCAUUGCAGUUACAUUGCACAGCAAUUAAAGUUUUAAGUGGAAGAA